CGGCGGCGCGUGGCGGCGGUUGGUGCCAUUUGAAUGCCGAGAGGGGCCGGUGGUAGGUGCUGCCUGCGGCCAUGGCGUUCUCCAGGGCUCCGCUCCGGCGCUUCAACGAGAGCUCCGAGCAAAACUGAGACUGUGGUUGUUGUGGAGGUUGUUUUCAAGGAUCUUAUGAUGUCAAAUCUUUAGAUACAUUAAGAAGUUCUCUGGCCUCUGAAACACAUCAACGGGUUAGGAGGCAGAAGAGUGAAACAAAUCUGAACAUUGAAAAGAAUGUGUCCACCCCUGUAACUGGAAGAAGACUUUUAUCUCUUGGAUCAAUACCAGCUAGUGGGAGUCUGAAGCCUAAAAGAGAUCAUAUUCUUAUGAAAGAGAAAAAGAAACAGAAGACACUGGAGAAGGAGAUUCGUGCAUUAGUGAGAGAGCGUGGAGAACAGGAUAAAAAACUUCAGGCUUUGGAUGAGGAUUUUGCAAAGACUGAAGCAAAGCUGACUGCUGCAGUGCAAGAGAAAACAUCUCUCUUGGCAAAUGUUGCAUGCCUGAAAAAACAGCUUCUUGAACUAACAAGAGCCAAUGAACUAUUAAAAUCAAAGCUUUCUGAAGAUGGCAUGCAGAAGAAAAUGAGCAGCCUGUGCAUGGAACUAAUGAAGCUCAGAAACAAGAGGGAUGCUAAGGAAAAGACUGCACUUGCAAAGCAGGAAGAUAUGGAAAUGAAGUUGCAGGAAGUACAAAGGAAUCUAGAGUAUUCAAAAGGAAAAGUAGCACAGUUAGAAGAAAAACUAUCUGCUACUGAGAGAGAGAAAGUUGAAGAAAAAUCCGACACUGAAAAACUCCUCGAAUAUAUCACAGAGCUCAGUACUGUUGCAGAAACAGUAGAGAAAUACAAAUUAGAUGUUGCCCAGAUGGAGGAGACACUGAUAAAGAAAGACCAAGACAUUGGGAUCCUGAGGGAUUCCCUUAAAACGAAAGAAGAAGAAUCAUUUAAACUGAUAAAAGAACUUAAUGAAAGGUGUCAACUGCUUGAACAAGAAAAAGAGAAAGAGUCUUCUGAGAGCAGAGGGAAAUACCUGAGCAUGACUGCUGAAAUAGAAGACCUGAAAAAAAAAAUUAACUUAGAAGAAGAAGAGCACCAAAGCCUGCUUCAGAAACAAGAGGAUAUUCUCUCUCAGCUGCAAGAAGAGAGGGAGUCUUCUGCAUCUAUGCGCCAGAAGUUACUGGUGUUUCAAGAAGAGGUAACAAAUGAAAGACUUCUCCUGGAAGAAGAGCUGAAGGGUGCAAUGAAUGAGCUGGAUAAGUUGCAUGCUAAGGAGAAGAAAGCUGAGAAGUUGGUGAAGCGGUUAGAACAAGAAACCAAAUCGCAAGCUUUUGAGAUUGCUCAAAUGGAAGAAAAGCUGAAAGGGAAGAAUGCUGAUUUGGAGCAAAUCACUGAAAUGCACAGUAAUGCUGUUCUGCAAAUCCAAGAAGAGCAUAGCAAUACACUGCGUAAACUUGGAAAGACUAUUGCUGAAUUUGAAAGCUACAAGAAGACAACUGCUGAAGAAAUAUCCAGUCUUAAAUUGGAAAAUACCUUACUGCAAGAAGAGGUUGCCAACCUGAAAAAAGUAGGUGAAGAUAACCUACAGCUACUUCAGGAAGCAGAAUACACUAAAAACAAAGCAAAAGAAGAAUGUGCAAGGAUGCUUUUAGAAGCCCAGACAAAGUUGGCCCUAAAGGAAGCAGAAAUAGAGAGAACCAAAGAGUCUUACCUUGCACAAAUGACUAAACUUCAGGAAAAACUGGAAGUGGAAACUGAAGACCUGAGAAGUCCUGAAGGGGAAAGAUCAAGGAAAAACAUAAAUGAAGAUGUGAACUCUAGCUUAAAAGAAGAGAUAAAGACCUGGCGUACUCUAUAUGAAGAUUUGCAUAACAAAACUAAGCCUUUCCAGCAACAACUAGAUGCAUUUGAAGCAGAGAAGAAUGCUCUCUUAAACGAGCAUGGUGCAGCCCAAGAAGAACUGAAUAAAUUAAGUGAUGCAUAUGCUAAACUACUUGGCCAUCAGAACCAGAAGCAAAAAAUCAAGCAUGUUAUGAAGCUUAAGGAGGAGAAUACACACCUGAAGCAGGAUGUCUCAAAAUUGCGUGCACUGCUAGCAAAAGAGAAGCAAACAAGCAGAGAUCUUCAGGAGCAGUUAUACGCAAUUCAGGGCAUUAGGCGAUUUGAUCCCUCUAAAGCUUUCCAGCAUGAGAGCAAGGAAAAUAUUCCUCCAAAAACCCCCUUUAAAGAAGGCAAUAGAAACAAAAGUUAAUCUCUUGGUUUUAAGAAAAAUAUCUUAAAUCAACAAUGAACUCAAAUGCUGCAGCGAAGACUUCAAAGGACUACUUGUUAAAGGUGAAUUUGAAUGCUGUACAUAAUACAAAUUAGAGUAGCAGAGAGGUGAUAAAAUGAUCUGUUUUUAGAAAAACUGCUUGAUCACACUUAUUCAAAGGCUAUGGAUGACUAUGUUCCAGGGUCCUGGUAGCUGCACUCUUAAGACAAAAAUGUUGACUGUUUCACUUUCCAAUAUGCUGAAGUUGCUUAAUUUGUUCUUAAAUUAACAGAACAGCUUAAGGCCCAAAAGGAGGUGAAAAAGCAUUGGGGGAAAAAGGAUGACAAAUGAAACUUGCUUUGAUGUAAGGUCGUUUUGUUUGUCUCAUCUUUACAAUUCUAAUUUAAUUUUGCUGAUUGUUUGCUUUAAUACCAAUGGAAAGAACACUUUCCAGAGACCAUGUUUCCUUCGUGGCUUGUGUGAUAUAGAACAGACAUAAAAAGUUGGACUGUAUGGUUGGUCUUGAUAGCUCCUGGUGGGAUCCAUAUUCAAGACAUGCUAACUUCAGUCCUGGGGCUAGGUAUUACAGCUGUUGAUUUUCAGAAGAGGAUUUUCAAGUCAAACUCAAACCAAUUGCUUUGUUUUUGUAAGUAUUUGCAUCCUGUGGUAGAGAUUAGUGUCUUAAGGGAAUUCUAUUGUAUUUUAUGAAUGCUGUGCUUGCUGGACUCUUAAACUGUCAUAACUUCCACAUAGCCAGCUCUAUUACUUGGUCAAUAGUAAGUGAAGGAGAAUAACAACAGACAUUAUAUUCAUGGUGUGGGAGGAUGCCCACUAUAUGUGCAUUUGUUGUGUAGACUUGGAUUUUGGCAAGCUGAAAGGCUCUGUUUAACUGCAUUUCAAAGAAAGAACAUUUUAGCAGAAUAAACACUUUUUAAAUGAAACUAA